AUGCCGGAGAUGAGAGGAGGAGGGUUGAACACGUGGCAAGACGAGCUAGCGAGUUUAGUGGAUGACAGUGGAAUCCGAUAUACCGGAGAGCCAGUGGAUACAAUGGCGGCUCCACCGCCGAUAUUUACUGCAACAAGAAUAAUGGAAUCGGAGUCGGAAAUGGAAAGGGAAACGGAGAGUUUGAAGGAGCAAGUGACGGGGUUUUUGAAGUCGUGGGGAGAGAUGUUGGUAGAUUUCGGGAAAGGAUGUAAAGAUAUAGUGACGCAAAGUAAUUUGGUGACUGAAGAUUCGUUUAUUGUGCAAAAAUUUGGAAAGCCAAUGGCUAAAGCUUCGGCCAGGUUAAAGUAUUUGAAUGAGUUUUUGCCUGAGGAUCGUGACCCUGCCCUUGCUUGGCCAGUUAUUUUCUUCGUCUUUAUUCUCGCUCUUACAGCAAUAAGUGUACAUAGCACAAAUGAUAGCUUGGUUCCGUUGGUAAAGAAAAUGCUUGUACAUCCGCCUAGUGCUAAUCGCAUACUGCUUCCUGAUGGUCGACACAUGGCUUAUCUUGAGCAAGGUGUUCCGGCUGACAGAGCAAGAUUUUCUGUGAUUGCUUCGCAUUCUUUUCUUUCCUCUCGACUUGCAGGUAUGCCUGGAGUUAAAACAUCGUUGCUUGAAGAGUUUGGUGUUCGCUUGAUCACGUAUGAUCUUCCUGGUUUUGGAGAGAGCGAUCCUCAUACCAGCAGAAAUCUUAACUCAUCGGCAAUGGACAUGUUCUACCUAGCUGAUGCUGUUGGUGUUAAUGGAAAAUUUUGGGUGCUGGGUUACUCAAGUGGAAGCAUGCAUUCUUGGGCUGCACUUAGAUACAUUCCUGACAAAAUUGCUGGUGCUGGCAUGUUUGCUCCAAUGAUUAAUCCAUAUGACCGAAGCAUGACUAAAGAAGAGAUGAGAAGAACAUGGGAUCAGUGGUCCCCGAGAAGGAAGCUAUUGUACUUCUUAGCUCGGAAAUUUCCGAACUUCCUCUCUUAUUUUUAUCACCGAAGCUUCCUGUCUGGAAAUCAUGGUCAAAUUGAUAAGUGGAUGUCUCAAUCACUUGGAAAGAAGGAUGAAAUUCUGAUCGAGGAGCCAAUGUUUGAGGAGUUUUGGCAUAGGGAUGUGGAGGAGUCGAUACGCCAGGGGAGUACAAAACCAUUCAUUGAGGAAGCUGUGCUACAGGUAUCAAACUGGGGUUUCAGCCUAGCAGAUCUUCAGGUGCAGAGGAAGUGCCAGAGGAAUGGCAUUCUUCAUUGGCUGAGGUCCAUGUACAGUCAGGCAGAAUGUAAAUUGGCCGGAUUUCUUGGUCCCAUACACAUCUGGCAGGGGAUGGAUGAUCGAGUAGUGCCACCAUCAAUGACUGAUUACAUAAGCCGGGUUCUACCAGGGGCCAACUUGCAUAAGCUCCCAAAUGAAGGCCACUUUUCCUACUACUUUUUCUGUGAAGAAUGCCAUAGACAGAUAUUCUCUACUCUUUUUGGAGAGGCUCUAGGUCCUCUUGACAAGAUGGUGGAAAGGGAUGAAACUUCAUUUGAAGCAGAGAUGGUGGAAGUAUCAUCCACUACUGGUUCUGUCAGGAAAUGA